AUGGACCUUGUUUUUCAAAAGAUCUGUAGUUCUCGAAGCUAUGACGACUUUGAUAAACUAGGGGUAUCACCACAACUUGUACAUCAGGUUGUAACCAGUGCAUAUGCACCGCGGGUUUCCACACUCAGUACCAAAAAAGCCGAUCAGAUGGCAUCUAGGUUCGGCAAGGUUGACAACAUACAUACCCUCUUUGGCUAUUUUGAAAAUGUGUUUAGUUUUGGAGAAAAUUUUGACAAGCAAAUUAGUUCCAGUGUGGCAAAUAACAAGGAACAAUCACUGAAUGGAUCUGGGUGUGUAAGAUUCGUUGGUGAUGUUUUGAACUUUAGCACGAAACAAGUGGAUCCCGACGAGCUAUUUAACUUGGAUUUUUUUCAAAAGGAAUUGAAAGACUAUAAAGAAAUGACUGUCAAUAGCAUUAGGCUGAUAGAUGACGCCGAGCUGAACUAUGACACAUACAGACGAAAUCACAUACAAAUUGAAAGAUUAGAAAAUAGCAUCUAUCUAAAAAUGAUAUCCUUGGUGAACAUGUCAGAGUCACCAUCAAUGUUUGAGUGUUUCAACCAUCCGGUAAUGCAGCUGGUUGUAAUAUCAGCAGAUGACCUUAAGGAAGAUAUAGAUGGAAUGGUUUCUACUCUAGAAAAAAGAAAAUAUCCCAAGUGGAUAGAUAUUGAUUCGAUACAUCAGCAUAUACUAAUCAUAUUUGAUCAAUCUGAUGCUUCUAAUUUGCAGAAUGCUUUAAAAAUUCAGGAGGAGUUAAAGUUUGAGAAAAAGAAACAAAGUACCGUUGUUCCUCUAAAUUUUACAGAUUCCAAAUCCCCUGUUUUAAAACUAUACCCCUCAGUUUUUAGUGUCAAGGAGAAUGAUGAAUUAGAAGAUGGUAGUAUUUUCAUAAGUCAGGAACUGUUUGAAUCUUUACGAUUGCCCUUACAAUCAAUUGUAAGUCGUGAAUUGGUACUGUUCAUGAACAAUAAAAUAAAACUGUGGCAUGAAGAAGUGGUUACUCCACGCACAAGUAUUACUGGCAGACUCUUUGGUGGGCGAAAAUGGGGUGGAAGUUCCAAAACUAAUUUUUUCUCCUUUGGUUCCUCUUCCACCUCACUUGCCGGAGGCCAAAAGGAAGAUACCAUCUUGGGGUCUGGAUACAAUAGUUCUGCAGGGUAUUACAUGUACAAUUCCCCAGAGAUGAUCUUAAGAAAACUAGGAGACUGGUAUUUUAUGUUGGGAGAUUAUAAAAAUGCAUACUCAACAUAUGAGCUAAUUAAAAAGGAUAUGACAAACGAUAAUGCCUUCCCUUAUCUUGCUUCCCUACAAGAACACAGUGUACUUUCUCUCUUAAUAGGAGCUAUUCAAAAAGCAGGUAGCGGAUCACAGCAGCUGACUCUAAAGAUGAUCUCAACAGUGAUUAACCCCCUGGUUGAGUCAUCAUUUUACUCUUAUCUAUCAAGAUGCAAUUUAAAAACCUAUGCAAUAAGGAUGAUCAUACUUGUGUCCGAAUUUUACUUUUUGCUUGGACAGCAGACAGCAAUGACUACAAAGCCAGGUUCUCCGAUUUCACCCAGUGAAAUAUUUUUAACAGAAUCUGUGAGGCUAUUCAAGAAGCUAAUAGACGCAAAAUUGAUGGGUGAUUUGGCUAAUGGGUUUUUAAUACAAAGAGUAGCUGUUGUCUAUAGCUCAUAUGAACUACUAUUUUCCUUCGAUCCAAAUUUUUUGUUUGCGCCGGACGAACCAUAUUAUGAGUCAGAAAAUGAUCUCAAGAAAGUGGUUACUAACCCCAACAAAAAUUGUUUUGGGGUAACAAGAAAUAGAAAAAUGAUUCUCUGGCUACUGCUAGCUACUCGAGCGUUUAUAGAACUGGGGGAGCAUGUAGAAGCAGAAUUGACAUUAUGGAAGGUUGCUACUGAGCUCAGCCGUGAUACUUCAAAGGGAAGACGAAAUGAAUGGCUGGAACGUCGAGAUGGCCUCUUCUUUGAGUUAAACACCAAACUUGAGAACAAGUAA